AUAAUGUUGAUCAUUUAUAAACUAUAUAUAUAAUAUAAAAUACAGUAUAAUACUGAUGGAGGGGAAAAAUUUGUUGAAGAUUACUGAAUGGGAUAUGAAGUCCAUUUUAUGUUUUAUUGACUACAUUUGUAAGGGGGUGAUUGUGUCCCACUGUAGUAUUCUGGAUAUACCUGGUACUUGUUAGGCCCUUCAGUGUAACAGAUACACAUAGGAUGCAUAGAUUGUUGUUGUUAUAUAGUGCUGAUUUGUAUUAAUGUGAUUUUUUCGUUUCUCUUUUAAUCGCUUUUUAAUUGUUUUUUCAGGCACGAUAAUAACACGGGAUUGAGCAUAAACAGUGAACUUCACGGUGCAAAACCACGCUGAGUGUUCUUCUAUAUAGAGCCUCAUCCACACUGCCGGAUCUAUUGAGAUGUGCACUGCUGGCGGCACUAGUAAACUUCUAAGCGACAAGGUGAUGGGUGACACCACGGUGUUGGAAUAGAUAUGGCGCAGACGCUGGUUUGUAUUACGACGAGGAAGGAUGAGUGGAAACCCAGAUGUUCUGGAAUACUACAGGAACAAAAACUCCAAGAAACCUAUCAGGGUUAUUGACUUAAAUGACUGUGAGGUGCAAAAAUACAUUGGAGUCAACUUAAUAAAGAAGGAAUUUGAAAACAGUUUUGUCUUCAUUGUGAAAACCAUCCAGCGCAUAUUCUACCUUGUGGCGAGAACAGAAGAGGAAAUGCAGAGCUGGGUGAAUAACAUCACCCAGAUAUGUAACUUUGGACAUCUAGAAGAUGGAACAGAUUCUGUUGAGAGCCUUUCUCAUACGAACUCCUCCGUCCAGGCGUCCCCAGCAGUCUCCACUCACACGUCAAGAAUCACAGACCCUUCUUUCUCCGUGGACAGUGCUUCUGCAGACAUCACAUCGGAGGAGAACAGGAGUGAAUCAGAAUCCAUUUUUAUCCCAGACUAUUUGUUUUUAUCAAACUGUGAGAGUGGCAAACUAAAUAGUGCCAGGUGUGAUGCUUGGUCAAAUUCUGAUAAAUCACUGGAGCAGACGUCGACGGAUGAUGUGUUCCUUGACUCGGCCCACUCACAUUUUGGUGUUAACCUUAACCAUAAUAAUAUGCCACCAGCAAACUUAAUUAAGACAAAAGACCUGGAUUCAAAUGGAUCAUCUAGUGACUUCUCCUCAUCCUCCCCAUUGUUGGGGCCAUCAAUACCACAGACAUUUUCAGUGGAUUACUCUGUAAUCAGUGACGGGGAGGUUUUGCCGAUCACUCCGCCUCCAAGACCCCCCAAACCAAAUCAUUUUUCAGAAAGCAGACCAGAGGUGAUAUCCAUUGGCAAUCUUCAGAAUGGACACUUUUUCCCCGGAAUGGUACCAAGAAGAAUUUCUCUGUCCAGUUUGGACAAUGUGAGGAACUGGCGAGGUGACCUGGAAGACUGGUCAUUAAGAACAAGAGACAAGAGGCUCAGUUUAAAUUUGCCCAGGUUCGCUCCUCUAUACUCAUUAACAUCUGAAAGCUCAGAAGACAGUUAUGUCCCGAUGAACCCAAAUGCUUCUCCGCUUGCUUCUGAGUCAGACUGCAGCACAGAUGGGUAUAUCCCUAUGAGCCCGGUAACGACCGCCUUUCCAUUCCAGUCUCCUGUGAACUCAAAGGUCUCUAGUCCACUGCCUGAACUCCCAACAGAUUUGGAACCACCACCAGUGAACCGGGAUCUCAAGCCUCGAAGAAAGAUACGUCCACCUCCUUUGGAUUUGAGGAACCUUUCCACUAUUAGGGAACAUGCUCCUCUUACACGAAUGUGGACAGUGCCUUACAAUCGAACCAGCUUUAUCUCUCCAGAAAGUGACUGUAUUAACUCAGCUGGAAUCUUUGCCAGUCCUGGUUUAGGAGAAGACAUCACCUACAUCCAAAUGGAACAUAGACAAGGGACUUCCCCUGUCAACGGAAGUUUUCCCUGGCCACGGAAGUUCAGUCUGGACUAUUUGGCUUUGGACUUUAAUUCUGCGUCCCCCUCACCUGUGCAGAAGAAACCAUUUCUGUCGGAGGAGCAGCGAGUAGAUUACGUACAAGUAGAUGAAAAGAAAACCCAGGCUUUGCAAAACACUAAACAAGAAUGGACCGAUGAGAGACAGUCUAAGGUUUAAAGCAGUAUUGGUUUCUUUUCGGAUUUUUUUUUUGUUUUGCACUAUUGGUAAUGCAGCUAAACACACAGACUACGCCAGUUUUCUUCUGUCAAGGAGGAACAUAAAAGGGAAAAAGUGACAUUUAAGGUUUUUUUUUCUUUCUAAAAAAUGCUCUGAUUUGGUAUGUUGCGUUUCGAUGACACAUUUAACGCCACUCAGAGUCUGUAAAUACUGGCUGGGAAAUGUAUUGUCCACGAUUCUGUUGUUGUAAGUAGUGUUGCAUAUCAGAUUUGGGAAUUGAAGGUUAUUGGAUGGCACAGAUUUCCCUGUGUUAACGGUGUCAAAGUUCUGACUUGACUUGCUUUUUCUGAUAUGUCAUAAAAGGUCAACAAACUGGGCUACGUAGUGGGUGGAAUCAGUUGACUUGGACCUUGGAUUCACUCCGGAUAUUCUGCUCCCGAUGAAGCACUGUGCUGGAUGGAUUAGGCAAAAGGACUGCAAUAACUUUUCCUUUUGUAAAUGGCAAAUCUAAUCCACCUGUAACAUUCCACACUGAGGUUAAACAUGAACCUAUUAAUGAAGACGGGGGAAAAGUGUUUGUCUUGUAGAAAAUAAGUUUCAUGGCAAACUAAGGGCAAUGUAAAAUCUACAGCCAAAUUUGUGGCUGAUCUUAAGGGCUAAAACUCUACAGCCAGAUAUGCGAUGGGCAUAAGGGUCAUCAUUACAAUAAUGUUCAGCAGAUGUACAAGUAUUACUGGAUUUAUGGGCAUCCUGUGGACUUUAAAUGGUAACUAAGGCUGUAUAUCUGAAUGGUCCUAUAUCUAAAAUAGGAAAGGCAUCUGAAGCCCCACAAACGAUGAAGCCAGAAAUAAUGUACCUUAGGCACUGAGUUACCAUAUGGUCUUAAAGAUCCAGAACUAUUCUUGCUUUCAAUAUUGUUCACAUUUUAGAAUCAUUGUCCAUUUGAGACAGUGAAUUGCAGAAAGUGCAAAUUAGAAUUUACACAAAAUAAUUUGGGAGUAAUAGAUCUUCACUGUGAUAUAGCUUUACAGAAAGCCAUCUGCAUAAUGCACAUUAUUUCAAACCGGAUCAUUUAAGUUGCCCUUUAACCUUGAAGUCACCUUGCUGCGUGCUUUUGCAGUUUUUUCACACUCCAUCAAUAGUCGACAUCUGAAAGCCUUACCGCAGAUGUAUUUAGCUAUGAUAAAUGAUUCAAACCUUUAGACAAGGCAAUUUCAUACAGAGCAAUUUGUAAUAAAGUCUUAGUGUCCCUUUAAGCCAUAUUGCACAAAUGAGAGGAGCACUAAUGGUUUUAUACCAGUAAGAAUGUUACAUUUCUUCAGUUACUAUGCAUAUAUACUAUGGAAUCCUUAAUUUGGUUUAAAAUUUUUAAGUUUUUAACUUGCUUAUCUUGUAAGUAAUUCAAGAAAAGAAAAGUAGAAUUGUAAUGGUAGAUUUUUUUUUUGUACUGAACCCCAAAAGAUGAAAAGUUCCAUAAAUUCUAGACUCUAUUUCCUAGGCCCUGGACUGGCAAUCUCUAUUCUGGCAAAUGCUGUAAAAUGCCAUAGACAGUCACUAUGUACCUGAAAUGCCAGGGCUUAUUUGAGCCUUUAGGAUGAAAACUAAGAUAGUGCAUGAGCCUCUCUCAGUCUUCGUUAGCUGGGAGAAGUGCCGAAUUGCUAUUGCCCGCACCCUGCACAAUUGAGAAUUCAAGACUGAGACCAUGAGCUCAAAUGAAUUAGCUGAUAGACCAUAAAUGCAGAUACACUCUUUGUAUCUUGUCUGAAAAUAUACACAUUUGCAUAAUGAACAGUUAAGUGAUGCAGAUUUUGGAAAUCCAUUAUCCAUGUGUAGUAAAUAAAGGAUCUCCAAAUCAUG